AUGCAUUUUGUUUGCCCAUUGGAGAACUGUCGGAGGAUGCGCUUGAGGCUCGCCAUAAAGAGGUUAGGAAACAUCGAUUAUCUCACACCAGAAAAUUUUUCAAGAACAGAUACGAAUAAGGAUCUCAUGCGUGUUCUUUUACUUACUUCUGAUCCUUUUAUAUCCUCAAAAAGAAAGGUGAGCUCAAAAAAAUAUGAGAAAUGCAACGAGGCAGUUCAGAACUAUUUAAAAAAGCAAGAAAAUGAUGAUUUAGGUAUUGACUUAGGUACAAUAACGAAUGACACAACACCGAGCAAGAAAUCCUAUUCCGAUUAG